GAUCACCACAAAAACUGACAGCACUCGACAGUAACUUUCCGCUGCAGGUCAGAACUGUAAGUCAGGUGGUUGGACUCAUGUAAACGGAAGUUGUGUGAGUUUCACUCGGUGUUUUGCGGUUUAACGGGAGAAUAUACCGAGAAUAAUAACAUAGAAGAACAUAGAACAAGCUUCAAGAAAAGAAACGGGAGAAAAGAAAGAAUGACAGAUAUAAUGAACAACCCAGAACACAGUCGAGGAGAAUUCACUGUGAGUGAUUCAGAAGAGCAAGGCGUUUCCUUUCAGUCUGGAGUAAUAGUGUUGGGAGACCACAAGAGGGCGAUAUACCAUUUACUGAAGCCGGUCGCGGUCAGGAUCAAACACACUAACACAGACACAGGUCGAGCUGAAGCGGCGCAGAUGGCAGUCCAAAGUUAUGAAGGUUUUUGUACUUUUUCAAGAAUGAACAAAGUGACGUUGAUGAGUUUGCAGAUUUUCCCAGACACACAGGAGCGCAACCCCAAGUUAUCCAAACGGCUGCCCUCCAUCGUGGUGGAGCCCACAGAGGGAGAGGUGGAGAGCGGAGAGUUACGGUGGCCCCCAGAUGACCUGAGAAGUACAAACUCUUCCAGCCAUAAGCACACACCCUCCCAAGAGAUCACACAGAUGUCGGAUUCACCGACCCAGAUAACUAACAGCAAGAGUGCAGAUGAAGCCAUGUGCAGCAGUGUGGAAAAUUCAGCAGCUGCCGAGCGUAACUGAAAUGUAAUAAAGACGUUAUCGCAAGUCUUUUCUUAUCACAAGUCUCAGUUCACACUCUGAAAAUUCACACUUAGAAACACAUACACACUUACAACGACAUGAGCAGCCAGUUUGGCAGGCAGGUGUAAAUAAGAUCACAAUGCCAUAUCUGAGCACCUUUUACAACACAUUCAUGGCUUUAAAGAGACUCCUUUUCAACACUUUUUAAAAAUCUUUUCUGGUUUUCAAGAUCAAACUAAUUUAAUAAGGACUACUGAGUUUGUAAUAGGACAGUACUGGCUUUACAAAAACAAAACAAAAAAAUACAGUUUAGUUUACAUCACAGCAAUGAUUCUCUGCUUGCUAUUGCUAAUAGCUAUGCUAUUGCUAGUCAUAAGUCGGUGGUAUUAGGGGCGGGACAUUCACAUUCUAAAAAGCAUUUGAUUGGACACAACCAAAGUGGGAUAGUGCAGUGGGAGUCAUCAAUAUGUCUUUCUCUGUACUCCAGAAAGAGAAAACCUAUAAAUGUUAACUUUUUUUAUGUAUGCUAAUAGUGAAUUUUGCCAAAGCUUAGGAGUACACUAGCAUACUGUAUAUAUUGCCUUGAAGCAAACUGACAUGGACUAGAAGCCACAAAAUGGGGUCUUUAAACAAACAAGAUAGCAUGGCCUUAAACAUGACUUAACCAAGUGUAAGAUAUUACAUUAUUAAUUCUAAAUCAAAUGCGUUGUUUGACCUCUCUAUAACCACUUCUGGUUUGGGAAGCUUUACAUCUAAAUAGAUGUAUUGAUUUGGUAUAGAUCUUUUUCACAGACUGUGAUGACGUGCUUAUUUAGCAGCGUAAAUCUCUCAAAAAUUAUAUUAUAAAUGUUUUAAAUAUUGAGUGUAAAUUUAUAACAUUAUGCUUAUUGUUACAUUAUCCUGGAACUAGUUUUAAAAACUGAAUUACUACAGCUGUGAGGGGGUUUCCAUUACAGCUGCUGAGAAAGCGUGACAGUAAAUUAGGCAUCAUCUCCCAUCUGACUGUCUUAACCCACCACUCUCUAUUUUUCAUCUUCUGGAAAAUCAUUCAAAUGUAAUAGUUGUUUCGGAGCAAAUGGGUAAGUGAAAAUAAUAUUUGCUGUGAUCUCCCAUUCACUGCUGUCGAAGUUUACCCUGCAAAGUUUUACUUUCGCGUUCCAAACCAGGACUGUGAAAAAGGUCUAUUAUGCCUUUCAAUUUGAUGUAUCCCAAAAACCCUGUUCACUCUCUAUAAUCAGACUAUUGCAGUGACCACUUUGAAUCUCACAUUCAUGUGAACAUUAUUCAUUACACUCUCAAUGGUUGAAAACAUUCUCUGCACCAUCUGGCUGAAGCUUGUGAGGAAGAGUUGCAACAGAACUUCAGACAUGUCAAUCAUUACGAGGACAAGGACUUAAAUAUCUCUCCAAGCUCUGUAUGACUCUCUGCAGAUUACAAAUAUUAGAGUCUUUCAAAGCUGUGCUAAACAUGCACUAUAGCUGGAGCUGGAAUCCCCCACUGGACAGAGACUGCCUUUUUUAUAUGCUGGGUUCAGCUUAAAUAUCUGCCAUUAAUUAGUGUUGUUUAUUAAGGCAACCAUCACUAUCACUACAGAGUGCAACGGUCUGGUUCUGGAAUAAAAAAGUUAAAUAUAAUGUGUUUAAUUUACCCCAUUGAUAGUUAUUUUUAAACUCUUUCUUACUUAUAAACCUAUACAGACAGACAGUAGGUGAGCUUACUUUUGCCAUUCUACAAAUGUGCUAUUUACAGUCAGCUUUGAUCUAUUUAUUAAAAGCUAAAUUAUAUGAUAAGAAAGAGAGUAGUAUUCAGCUUGUCAUCUCAACAUGCUUCAUGUAGAAUAAAAAAGCUUUUAUUAGGUUAUGACUGGAGUCUUCAUCCUAUACAUGAUUUUAAACAUAUUUCAAAAGUAUUCUUCAUUUCUUUAGGGGUAAAAACAUUUUAAUGAGGAAAAGAAUACUGAGUGCACCUUUAAUAUAUAAAUCCCCAUGGUGAAACUGGCUUGAUGUGUGUGUAUAUUGUAUAGAGUCUAUAUUUUAAAAUCAUUUUGUUUACUGUAACAUUGUUAUACUACUGUAACUAGAGGCUUGUGUUUGCUUUAACACACAUCAUCACUAUCAGAGGAGACGCCAUCUCCUUUUAUUAUUGUUCUGGUUUGCAUGCAUUGAAAAUGUCUCUUGGUCCUUGUUUUUAAUUUAUAAAAUUAACCAGCAGAUGCAUCUUCUGGAAAGCUUUUAGGUUAAUCCUGAUCAGACCAUGUACAAAUGUUUCUUUUAUUUCAUUUUAUUGCCCUCUUUCAGUUAAAAAAAUAUAAUAAUAAUAAUAAUUGAAGUUUUUAAACAGGACAGUUGUUCCUAAUAUGUAUAUGUUGUUGAUCAGAUUUUUUUCUUCAGUUUAGUUAAUAAAGAUUAAUA